AUGAAAUGUAUAAAAGCGAGACUUAUGGAAAUUAUUUUGAAAGUAGACAAUUACAUUUACAGAGAAAAGCCUAUAUCAAAAAGGCAAGCGAAAACUUAUUUAAAUGAAAUAUCCUCCUUUAUCACUCAAUGCAAUAAUGAUAUUGGUUAUCUUCAGGUAAUUGAGAAAUUGACAAAAUAUAUGAACAUCAUAAUCUCGAGCGCAACAAGCAAGGCUAAGGUUAUUAAAACAACAAACCAAGACAAAACAGCAGCAUUAGCAACAAACACUCAUGGCAGUUCCUUGUCUCCUGUGAGUUUCACACCUGUAAAUGACAGGAUUCAAAAUCAACAUAAUAUUGAAGAAAUAUCAGAGAGCAAUGGUAAUUUUGAUUUAAAUAAUAACAACACAAAUUGUCACGAAGAUGAACAAAACGCAAGAAACAAAACUGCAGAGAUAGAAAAACUUAGUCCAGAGGUCUCGACUAUCGAUAACUUAAUCACUAAUAAUUCGGAUCACUUACAAGUUUCACAGAACAUUCUAGAGAAUUUUCGUGCUAAAAGUAUUGAUAAUGCCGAUAUCUUUGAAACAAACAGAGUUUUUUCACAACAAGGGGUGUGCCAAAACGUAAAUGCAAGUGCGGUAUCGGACUAUAUAAAUAAAAAGAUUGGAAAUAAAAAUCAAAAUAUCGCCAGUUUUGACUCGGAAUCAAAAUCAAAAGUGACUCAGAAUGUCGCUAAUUACAAUAAUAGACAAGUUACAAACGAAGAAAUAUUAGAAACAGAUGCAUUGAGCAAAGAAAAAGUUUCCAACGAAAAAUCAGCUUUAAAUGCAGUUACACUUAACACUAGCUACUCUAAAAUUAAAAUUAAUGAACAUGAACAAUUAGAUGAAAGAACAAAAACGGUUAAUAACACGCAGCUUUCGCAAAUAAAUGAUGAGAUUAACGUUAAUGUACUGACUGAUGAUGUAGAUAAAAAGAAAGUAACAUUUAAUAUACCGACACAAAACGAAACAUUACCGAUAAAUAUGCAUAAAGGCGAAAAAGGAAACGGAAAUAUUUCCAUAUCUAGAACGAACAAGAUAAAAAAACGUAUUAAAAACAGUAAUCAAAACCCUCAAAAGAAAACGCGAUCAACAAUAAAACGACAAAAAAAGGAUACAUCCAAUUGUAAGGCUGAAAAAAACACCAAAAGAAACACAAAUAAAAGAAAAACGAUCAAAGCUUGUGAAGAUAAAACUGCUGAAAAUUCUAACAAAAUAUCAUCAAACACAAGCAGUAGUUUGUGUGUAGUAAACACAAUUAAUGGAAAAAUCGAAGAUGAUUUGUCUUGGUUAGAUCAAAUUAAAUACGUACGGGUGGUAGACGCACGAGAAUAUUGUACAUUUGUACAAGGUUUGGACGACAAAUUCUGGGAAAAUGAAACUGUACCUAAAUGCGACGAUGAAGAAUUUAACGUCUAA